UAGAGAGUUAAACGAAUGGCACGUCGGCUGCGCUUGCAUUUUGCGUCAAGGAGAAGCAACACGGACCCUCUGUCAGAAAGCCUCAGCAGCCAUGGUGAGAGGAGUGGAGUCAGUGUGCCAGCUUGUAGCCCCACAGAGAUUCUGGCGCACAGUUCUGUCCACUUGAAGGUGACUCCUCUGUCACCAGACUAUGCUAAUUUACAGCGCUACUCUUCAGUAUUCAUACCCAGAGUUAACACUGGAGGAUGCAAUAAGAAGAGCAUUCUGCAGAUCUCACUGCAGCCCUGUGGAAAGCUCAGUGGAGAGCUGGAUGGCAGCAUAGAGGAUGGAGACCCAGGGGGCAGCGAAGGAGGAGCAGGUAGUGGCUCUGACGGAGGUUCGUGCAGCAGCAGCAUGGCCAGCGAUGCCGGGUACUGUAGCAGCAACAGUAUCUUUGAGCCAGAGACUUCAGAAAAACACAGGACCACCCAGGAGAGGAGUAUACUCUGCCGCAAGUCCAAGGUCCCGCUAAGACGGUGCUCCUCCUUGGUUAUAUUUCCAAAGAGCCCCUGCAGCACCCCACCUGCUUCCCCAGUCAGUCCAGUAGCUCUGCCUGCUACCUCUCCACCAGCGAGGGGCUCCCAUCAGACAUCUGCCAGUGAAUUCUCACAAGAUGACGAGGAAGUGACUUGCCAAGGGUCCACAACCGCAGCAGUAAGUGGCCGCCGUGUCCCAAAGGGGAGCUGUUCAGACGAGUCCAGGGACACCAAACACAUGGUGCAAUUUAAUAUUCCUUUACAGGAUGAACCAAAAGGCCUAAUGGAGGACAGGAGUAAAGUAAUGGAACUGUCAUCAACUUUAGACAGAUCGAAUCGUCACUCUAGCAGCGUGCUGCUGCACUUUGCCCACCAGAGACCAAUAAUACCUGGGAAGGAAUACAUGGCUACGGUCAAUGUGGGAUAUCCCGAGGCUCCUAACCUAGCCGCACACUCUGAGGGUGAACAUGACCCUCACAAAAAACUGUAUCGUAGUACCUCUGCUUGUUUGUUCUCCUCAACUAAACCGUCAGAGAAAAAUCAAAUGAUCUUUUCAUCGGGAAAAGGCCAGGAAAAGUCAGAAGAAAACCUCUGUCAUCGUGCCAUACAAAGGAGCUUUUCCCUGGAGGUGCCGUACGCUAACACUGGAAUUUCAUGUCACGUUUCGAACCCAAAACUCAGUAGCCCUCACUCUCCACAUGUGCACAUUCAUUUGACUCCUUGCUGCCCAGCUAAGUUGCCUAGCUCUGUUAUUGGUGUAAACACAAAUCACAAAAGGAAUAAAACACCAAAGAGCCCAGCUCAAAACACAAAGACACGUGAUGACUUUCUGGGACAGGUGGAUGUUCCCUUAAACCAGAUACCGACAGAAAAUCCUAAUACAGAAAGGCCAUACACAUUCAAGGAUUUUCUGCUUCACCCACGAAGCCACAAGUCCAGAGUCAAAGGCCACCUGCGGCUCAAAAUGACCUACCUGCCGAAAAAUGCAGGUUCAGAGGAGGAAACAGCAGAUCAGACCGAGGACACAGAUCCUAGUUGGGAGUUUCUGGAGGCUCAGGACAUGUCAGGUCCCAGACAAAGCCAGCUGCUGCCUGCUCUGCCCCCUGGCUGGGAGGAGCGGCAGGACAACCUAGGAAGAACAUACUUUGUCAAUCAUGAGAGCAGAACCACACAAUGGCAACGACCCACAAUGCAGGACAGUGAUGUGGACGUGCCGAGGGGACAGAACAAUAAUGUGGAGGUGGAACCUUUUAUUACACGCAGACAGAUCUCAGACACCGAUGAGAACACCACACGGGAGUCCCCUGAGAGCUGGGAGAUUAUUACAGAGGACGAGUCCACCUUGUACCACAGCAAUAACCAGCUCGCAUCACCUCCACCCCGCACACCGGUGCCUGAGUUCCUCUCGUUCUGCGAUGAUCUGAGAAAUGUUCACGUUUCAGGGGCCACAGCUGGCGAGCUGAACACCACCCAGACAGAUCAUGCUAGUAAUUCAAGCCAUUCCAGUCGCAGAGGAAGUGCCCGGACUUCAACAGGAGAGGAACAUCCUGUUAAUCCUGUACUGCUUCCAACCUCAGCUGGGCUACCUCCAGGCUGGGAGGAGAAGCGAGACAAUAAAGGAAGACGCUACUAUGUCAACCACAACAGCCGAAGCACUUCAUGGACACGACCCCUUGUUCAGAGAACCUCAGAGGCACCAGCACCAGCAGCACCAGCAGCAGCUGCAGCACCAGCAGCAGCAGCACAGAUUGGUGCAGGUUUACCACAGAGCCCCCUUCCAUCCCAACCGUCUGUCUCCCCCGAGGAGUCUCCUCAGCACACCCCAAGCCCUGAGCCCACAUAUGAAUCUGGCUUCCUGCCGACUGGUUGGGAGGUUCGCAGUGCUCCCAGUGGAAGACCUUUUUUCAUCGACCACAACACAAAGACUACUACCUGGGAAGAUCCCAGGCUUAAGAUUCCUGUGCAACAGCGGAGGAGAGCCUCGCUCGACCCAACUGAUCUUGGCCCUCUGCCACCGGGUUGGGAGGAGAGGGUCCACACUGAUGGGAGGAUAUUCUACAUAGAUCACAACACCAGGACCACACAAUGGGAUGAUCCCAGAUUACAGAACUCAGCUAUAACUGGACCAGCAGUGCCUUAUUCCAGAGAUUAUAAACAGAAGUAUGACUACUUCCGCAAGAAGCUGAAGAAACCAGCUGACAUCCCAAACCGUUUUGAGAUGAAGAUGAGACGAAAUGCGGUCCUGGAGGACUCAUACAGACGCAUCCUCUCAGUUAAGAAGGCCGACCUGCUGAAGGCACGACUGUGGGUGGAGUUUGAAGGAGAGAAAGGACUGGACUAUGGUGGCCUGGCCAGGGAGUGGUUCUUCCUCAUGUCUAAGGAAAUGUUCAACCCGUACUACGGCCUGUUCGAGUAUUCUGCCACGGACAACUACACACUGCAGAUUAACCCUAACUCAGGUUUAUGUAAUGAGGACCACCUGUCCUACUUCAAGUUCAUCGGCCGUGUGGCAGGCAUGGCCGUGUAUCACGGCAAACUGCUCGAUGCUUUCUUCAUUCGUCCUUUCUACAAGAUGAUGCUGCAGAAGCCGAUCACUCUCCAGGACAUGGAGUCUGUUGACAGUGAAUAUUUCAACUCCUUGAUGUGGAUUUUGGAGAACGACCCAACAGACUUGGAUUUGAGGUUCACCAUUGAUGAAGAGCUGUUCGGACAGACUCACCAGCAUGAACUGAAGCCGGGCGGCACAGACAUUGUCAUCACUAAUGAAAACAAGAAGGAAUACAUCGAUCUGGUGAUGCAGUGGAGGUUUGUGAACAGGAUACUGAAGCAGAUGACUGCCUUCAAAGAGGGAUUCUUUGAGUUGAUACCUCAAGAUCUGAUCAAGAUCUUUGAUGAGAAUGAGCUCGAGCUGCUCAUGUGUGGUCUUGGAGACGUGGAUGUGAAUGACUGGAGAGCGAACACCAAGUACAAGAACAGCUACUGCUCCAACCACGUCGUUAUCCAGUGGUUUUGGAAGACGGUGCUGUUGAUGGAUGCAGAAAAGCGAAUCCGGCUCUUGCAGUUUGUAACGGGAACAUCAAGGGUCCCAAUGAACGGCUUUGCUGAACUCUAUGGGUCUAACGGACCACAGCUGUUUACCAUCGAACAGUGGGGAACACGUGAUAAACUCCCCAGAGCCCACACAUGCUUCAAUCGACUGGACCUGCCUCCUUACGAGUCUUUUGAGGAGCUGAGGGAGAAACUUCACAUCGCCAUCGAGAACGCACAAGGCUUUGACGGAGUGGAUUAGUGCUCCUGCUGUAAAUGAGCUUGAAUAGACAUUACUGCCAUUGGAGAGAAACAAGCUGUGCGUCCGACUCUGGUCUUAACCUGCCGGCUGUGUGAUAGAUGAAGGACAGUCACACAACAUUCACUUUGGUCCUCUGUUGAGGCACACGCAGAGAAAAGGACAUUAAAUCUGGAGUGACAGAGGUAUUUAUUCACUCCACGUGUUCUAAAGUUUACAAAGCAAAAAUGCAAAGAUAUAUACUGUAUAACAAACAUAUUAACUUUAAAAGAAAUGUUUCAUUUUGGCUGAAUUGCUUCACAAAAACUUCACAUUGUAGUAAACAAAUAAAUACCUUAACCGCAUGUUAGUGCUAAAAAGAGUGGACUAUGGGUCAGAAUAGACAAAGCCGGUAUGACUUUUGAAUGAUUACCAUUUUUAUACAAAGUCCCUUUAAUCAUGACAUUGGUCCAACUAGAACACUAUUAUAUACUACUACAAUAAAAACAUCCAGAGGUUUUUUAAAAUUAGCUGAAUGUGAACAAUGUGAAAGAAGCAAAACCUGAGCUUAGCAAUUAGCAAUUCAGCCUCAAUAAAACAUAUGUGAAUAUAUUUUGUUUCCAUUUUUCCUAUCAUUUAAAUUCUAUACGUAAUUCUACAUUUUUCAUUCCAUCAUACUAGAAACAUAAAUCCCAAGUAUAUGCACCUCAAAAGCAUUUGUAGCAGAAAACUUGCAGUUUAUAUACAAGUUUAAGAGCGUACUCUUAAAGCAAGUGUGUCAUUUAAUCAUUAUAGUAGUGAUGUAUCAAUACCAGGGUCCAAAAUCAGCACCGUCCACCAGUCAAGUGAUGAUAAAAUAUGCAAGUUGCUGUUAGCUUUGCUUUACUCACUCACUCGCGUCAGAAAACCAGAGUGGCUAGCAAAAUCUGAACCAUCAUGUAGACAUUUUGGCCGGUGGACAAAACUGUUAAUUUUGCACCCUGAUCAAUACCAGGACCAGUAACAGGCUAAACUAAUCAUAAAGUAGUUUGUAUCUGUUUAGGCCACAGAUCCAAAGAAGUGAAUACAUGCAGUGUUAGAUUGUGCUGAAAUACUAUGAAUAAUUGUACAUAUUGACAUUAAAUAAUUAAAUAUGACUUGAUUUUUGUGAUUUUUCAGUUAGUAUAUAUACAAAUAUACUGUACGUACAUACAAAUAUAACUCUUUUGCUUUUGAUGAAGCAUUUAUUAACUGUCAAAAGUGACUCAAAUUGACAAAUUGGUUAUCGGUGCAUCUCUACAUCAGAUAAACCUUUUUUAGCGUUUCAUUUAUGGCCACUCAAGUUCAACACUGACUGUGUAUCAGAGGAAUAUAUAAAUGUAUAUACAUUAUAUCUCCUGGCCAGUAGCUUAUAGAAACAUUAUCAUGACAAACUGGCCUUAUCAUACAGUUUUGCAUACCGUGUGUUAAAUAUCAUAUUUUGUUGCCCUUUGUCAAUGAGUGAUAUCAUUUUGUUUUCUUCUACUCAUCAUGGGUGUCUAAUUGCAGCACGGUGCUCUAUUUUAAAGAGUACAACUUUAAAAAUUGUUUUGUUGGUUGUCAAAAUGUGUACAGAUUAUUGUCUGUUUUCAAAAAUGAGUAAUCACUUGUAAUACCUUUGUAGGAAAGUAACUGUACUUAAGCAGUAGUUUUAACGUUUUCUGAAUGGUAAAACAUGUGUUUACACUACCUGCCAUGUUUACAGGUCGUUGAUCAUGGGCUGGUUCUUGUCUCUGACAACACAAUUUUAUACUUAUGCUUUUAUAAAGUGAAGCACUUUGUUAAUAUCGAUGAGUCUUACUUCUGAACUGUCUGAAUCUUUGCCAAUCUGUCACCUAUAGACUGCUUAAAUCGCUCUUCAAGGAAAAUGAUCCUAUGCUUCAAGUGCACAUGUGUUUAAAUGUUUACAUGUGAUGCUGAAAAUAAGCACAUUCUCUUCUUUCACUUCUAUUUAAAAUUAAAUACCGAGGCCUUCAUUUGUAAUGUAUUGUAGACUUUGAUUGUUUAUUGAUGUUUUGAUCUUUGAAUGGAAGUACUGUUAUAUAUGUAUUGUUGUCCACUGAAGAAUAAUUAAUAGAUCAAUGCUUCAUUUCUGAUAUAUCAAAUUUUGUUAUUAUUAUAGAAUUUAAUUAUAACACCUAUAAGUGCAUUACAACAACAACAUGCAUGCAACGUAUAUACAACAGAUUAAAGGGUGGAAUGAACUGUAGCUGUUAAAUACCAAUUUGAUGACUUAUAGCAAACCAAAUUAAAUAUAUUUGAAAAAUAAAAAACAGUUAUCGAG